AACCAUUCAUUUCUGAGGCUGGAGCCCAGGCCCUCCCUCUCCCUCCCCUCUCUUUCCAGUGCAGCUGCGCUCGCGAUCGAGCAAGAAGCGCCACCGCCACCGCCACCGCCACCGCCACUCCACUCCUCUCCCGCUGCUCUAUCUAUUUAUACCCCCUACGUCUCCUACCUCCAGCGUCCACCUUCUCUAGCAUAUAUAGGCGGCAUAGCUAUCUAUAUCCUACAGCGGCUGCCUGCUACAGUACCGAUCGAUCAUGCUCACCUCGCUGCGGUACCUGGCCGGCACGGCGGGGCCGAGCGGCUUCGGCUCGCGGACGACGGCCGAGGAGGCCACGGCGGCCGGCCGUGACCUGGCCCACAUCACCGCCAUCAUCACGGGCGCCACGUCGGGGAUCGGCGCGGAGACGGCGCGCGUGCUCGCGAGCCGCGGCGCGCGCCUCGUGCUGCCGGCGCGGAGCCUCAAGGCCGCCGAGGAGGCCCGCGCGCGGGUCCGCGCCGACUGCCCGGGCGCCGACGUCACCGUGCUGCCGCUCGACCUCAGCUCGCUCGCCUCCGUGCGCCGCUUCGUCAAGCGGUUCCUCCACCUCGGCCUCCCCCUCAACCUCCUCGUCAACAACGCCGGCAAGUACGCCGACCGCUUCGCCGUGUCGGAGGACGGCGUGGAGAUGACCUUCGCCACCAACUACCUAGGCCACUUCCUGCUCACUCGCCUGCUGCUGGACAAGAUGGCGGAGACGGCAAGGGACACCGGCGUCGAGGGCCGCAUCGUCAACGUCUCCUCCACCAUCCACAGCUGGUUCCCCGCCGACGACGACGCGCUCGCCUACCUCGACCGCGUCACCCGCAGGAAGAUACAGUAUGAUCCGACGAAGGCGUACGCGCUGUCCAAGCUCGCCAACGUCCUGCACACCAGAGCGCUCGCCGACCGGCUCAAGGAGAUGGGCGCCAACGUCACGGCCAACUGCGUCCACCCCGGCAUCGUCAGGACCCGUCUCAUCCGCGACCGCGACGGACUCAUCACCAACACAGUCUUCUUCUUGGCGUCCAAGCUCCUCAAGACGAUUCCACAGGCGGCCGCGACGACGUGCUACGUGGCGGUGCACCCGGCGGUGGCCGGAGUGUCAGGGAAGUACUUCGCCGACUGCAACGAGGCCUCGCCGUCCAGGCUGGGCGCCAGCAGCGAGGAGGCCUCCAGGCUGUGGACCUUCUCUGAGAACAUAACGGCAGAGAAGGUUCAGAAGACGACGAGUAGUGUCCAUGUUGUCAGCACUGGAUUAUUCGGGCUCCAAGCACAGAGCUCGAUCGUCCCAAACCGCGCCAUGGCCCUUGCAGCGUAGGAGCCUCGAGAUCUGCAAGUUUUGAUCGCCUCCAGACCACCGAUGUGCCCCUGAUGAGAUCACACAUCCUGAAACAUGUAUGGAGAAAGUAGUAUAUCAGUCAGUCUCGGAAACCAGAGGAGAUAGCAGUAAGCUAGCAAUAUAUAAACAUACAGAACAAAAUCAUAGUAGUAUAUGCCUUACAUAAAUAUAUAUACUCCAGUGUAGCUUUAUGCCUGCUUGUAAAUAUAUAGCAAGUAUAUGCUAGUGUGUAAUUGGUAUUGCCGUCUGCAGCUGCAACAGUUGAAGCAUGGGUUUUUCUCCUCCA